AUGAAGAUCAACGCACUCACCCUCAUCACCAUCAUGGCCGCUACGGCAUCCGCCACCAAGUCGUUCUACGACCUCUCCGACGACCGGACCUGUACCCUUGGUGACGACAACAACCUCACCUGCGUCAAGGGUAACGACGGCAACGCCCCAGUCAUCGACACAUCGGCCUUCCAGGCUAAGGAAUCGGCCGAGCCCGAAUUCCAGGGUGGUGGUGCCCCCGCCGACGGAAAGCGUGAUAUUGCGAAGCCCUACCCCACCUGCGGUCUCGGUGGCAUCACAGGACUGAUUAGCGACCGCUCCAACUUGGAGGGCCACACGUUUGUCUACCUUGAUGACUACCUCGACAACGUUCGGAACCACCGAAUGACUCAGCAAGAGUUUGACAACGGCAUUCAGCUCAUUGUAACUGCGGCAGCUGCCGCAUCCCCACUUCCAGACCCGUUCUCCCGUGAGGGAUACGCAGCACGUCUUGCCCUUCUCCGCAAGCUGGAGCGCCAACCAACAAUGCCCCUCCCGACCAUCCGAAUGUUCCUCAAGGGAGCUGUGUCUGCUCUGAUGUUUCAGAACGAGGGCAUGAUGAGGUUUAAAGACAAGCUUCACUCUCUCCGUCCGAUCAUUGAGGAGAUCCACCCCGCCGCGUACAGCAACGUCAAGAUUCUCCUCAUGACCGGCAUGGAGGGAAACGAGGACUUACGGACGCGAAUGGCUCGCCUGAUUCUCCGUAUUGAGGCCCGCCGGGUCACUCUCAUCACGGCCAAUAUCGCCUCUCAUAUCGCUGGCGACUUGUUCACCGAGGGAGUGGCAUCUCUGCGGAAGACGGCUUGGUGGAUGAUCGACGACGCCGACCUCUUGAACAUCUGCCGCAAGUUCGCCGAACCGGUCGAGGUCCCCGAGCCGGGCGAACCAGCUCCUGCAUAG